AGGGUGCUGGGUGGGGGCAGGGGGAGACCCAGCCUGGGUCCUCCAUUGAGAGGAGUAGUGCCUUAGAUCCGUUUGGCAGCCCUGCUUUCCAGUCUGCUAGCCUUAAGCCUUUGCCUCUUUCUCUGAAUGCGGUGGGCUUGAGCCUCAGGCCAGACAGCCACUUCCGCUCCAUCUGUCCAGGUAGGGAAAGCCUGAGGGAGAUCGUUUUCAUUUAAUGUUUGGGAAAGUGCUCCGUGUCUGCCUAAAAGCUCACCAUCUGAAUUAAAACAUGAAUAGAGAAGGUGGCAGCCAAGGAUUCGAUUUGCAGGAUGCUGUAUUAGGUGGACCCUUUGUCUGAGGUAGCACAACUCUUCCUACAUCCUUUUGGAAAAACAGAACUUCAGGUUACGGGUAGGAAGCUGUGUUGGUAUCUGAAGAAGUGUGCAUGCACACGAAAGCUCAUACCAAUGACAAACUUAUUUGGUCUCUAAGGUGCUACUGGAAAGAAUUUUUUAUUUUGUUAGAACUUCAGGUGAUGCUAGAAAAGGGGUGCCCAAAUAAAGGAUGCCUGUUCAGCAGAAUCCCCUACCCUAUUGUGGUAGUGUUGCAGGCCAUGCAAGCAGGUGUGGCACAGCUUUCCCAGCUUGUCCUUCCCCUCUCCUCCUGUUGCCAGAGACCUCCAAAAUGUUCAGCGCAGCCCAGUUGUCUAAGGCCCAGUUCCUUGACAAGGCUCGCCAGGCGCGUGAGGAGCGCCGGGAGUUGAAGGAGCGUGAGCGAGCGGCAGUGCAGAUCCAGGCCCUUGUCCGAAGGUUCUUGUGCCGCUAUCAUUUGCAGCGGGAAAUCAGGAGAGAAGUGGAUGACUUUUUUGAUGCCAACGGGCCUGGCAAGAAGACAGCACUUUCGAUCUUCAAAAUAGCCCGGAAGCUGCUCUUUGUCUUCAGGUGCCAAGAGGACAAAGAGAGAUUUGAAAAGUUGUGCCGCUGUAUACUUAACAGUAUGGAUGCUGAAAAUGACCCUAAGGUGUGGUACGUGUCCCUUGCCCUUUCGAAGGAGCUCACACUGAUGUGGAUCAAGCAGGUCAAGGAUGUGCUGUGGCUUUGCUGUGAGUUUCUGAAGCUGCUUAAGCCAGACAUAUUGCAAGACUCUAAGCUGGUGAAUCUGCACCUCACAAUGCUGGUGACAUUUACGGACACUUCCACAUGGAGAAUCCUGAGGGGGAAAGGAGAAACUCUGCGGCCUGCCAUGAACCACAUCUGUGCAAAUAUCAUGGGACACCUGAAUCAAAAGGGAUUUUAUUCCGUGCUCCAGAUUUUGCUGACAAAUGGCUUGGCGAGGUCAAGACCUUCACUUUCCAAAGGCACUUUAACGGCAGUCUUUUCUCUUGCGUUGCGCCCUGUGGUUGCGGCUCAGUUUUCCGACAAUCUCUUACGAUCCUUUUUAAUCCACAUCAUAUCCGUUCCUGCUAUAGUCACCCAUCUUGCUACGCUUACGCCUGAGCGUUUGGCAGUGAUAGAAUCGCAGGACCUCCUGCGCAAAUUCAUACUGUUCUUGAGCCGCGAAGAGCUGUGCAGGGAUGUUUGUGUGUGUUUAGAAGGGAGCCACACACUCUGCCUUCUUGGCAACCUUAUCUACUUGGGGUCCUUGAAUGACAAGGUGUUGGAGGAGGAGACGGCCCAUUUUGUGAGCGUCCUGAUCCAGAUGCUCUCCUACUGCCAGAAGUACGUUUCUCAGAAGAAGUCCAAUCUCACACACUGGCACCCUGUGCUUGGCUGGUUCUCCCAGACAGUGGAUUACGGCUUGAACGAGUCGAUGCCUCUCCUCACGAAGCAGCUGCAGCACCUCUGGGGCGCCCACCUGAUCCGCAUCCUCUUCAGUGACGUCCUGAGCAAGAAGCUUCUGGAGAACCAGGAUGCAGCUCGCCUGCCAGGGCCGACCACAUCUCCACAAAACAGCCUGCCCAUGAAGAACCUUUUCAAGCGUGCCUUCCAGAAAUCCGCAUCUGUCCGCAACAUCCUUAAGCCUGUCGGGGGCAAGAGGGUGGAUUCAGCAGAGGUGCAGAAGGUCUGCAGCAUCUGUGUCCUUUAUCAGAUGGCACUCACCACCCUGACGCAGAUCCGACUGCAGAUUCUCACAGGCUUGACCUAUCUGGACGACCUGCUGCCCAAGCUGUGGGCCUUUAUCUGUGAGCUGGGCCCCCAGGGCGGCUUGAAACUCUUCCUGGAGUGCUUGAGCAAUGACACUGAGGAGUCCAGGCGGCUGCUGGCCAUGCUGAUGCUUUUCUGCGACUGCUCCCGGCAUCUCAUCACAAUUCUUGACGACAUUGAAGUCUAUGAAGAGCAGAUCUCCUUCAAACUGGAAGAGCUCAUCACAAUAUCCUCUUUCCUGAAUUCUUUUGUGUUUAAGAUGAUUUGGGAUGGAAUUGUGGAGAGUGCCAAAGGAGAGACCCUGGAGCUCUUCCAUUCGGUGCACGGUUGGUUGAUGGUCUUGUACGAACGAGACUGCCGCCGGCGUUUUGCUCCAGAUGACCAUUGGCUGCGCAAGGACCUUAAACCGAGUUUGCUCUUCCAGGAGCUUGAUAAAGACCGGAAACGGGCCCAGCUGGUCCUGCAGUAUAUUCCCCACAUCAUCCCCCACAAAAAUAGGGCUCUUCUCUUCCGGAACAUGGUGACAAAAGAGAAGGAGAAGCUGGGGCUGGUGGAGACCAGCUCUGCGUCGCCUCAUGUCACGCACAUCACCAUCCGCCGCUCUCGCAUGCUGGAGGAUGGGUACGAACAGUUGCGCCAGCUGUCUCAGAACGCCAUGAAGGGAGUCAUCCGGGUGAAGUUUGUGAAUGACCUGGGAAUGGAUGAGGCCGGCAUUGACCAGGACGGCGUCUUCAAGGAGUUCCUCGAGGAGAUAAUCAAGAAGGUCUUUGACCCUGCGCUCAACCUCUUUAAGACCACCAGCGGCGAUGAGAGGCUGUAUCCCUCCCCAACGUCCUACAUCCAUGAGAACUAUCUCCAGCUCUUUGAGUUUGUUGGGAAGAUGCUUGGGAAAGCCGUCUAUGAGGGGAUUGUGGUGGAUGUUCCUUUUGCAUCUUUCUUCCUGAGUCAGCUGCUGGGACAUCAUCACAGCAUCUUCUACAGUUCUGUGGAUGAACUUCCCUCACUGGAUUCAGAGUUCUAUAAAAACCUGACCUCCAUCAAGCGUUACGAUGGAGAUAUCAGUGACUUGGGCCUGACGCUUUCCUAUGACGAAGAUGUGAUGGGCCAGCUUGUUUGCCAUGAACUUAUUCCAGGAGGGAAAACCAUCCCUGUAACCAACGAAAACAAGAUCAGCUACAUCCACCUCAUGGCCCACUUCCGGAUGCACACGCAGAUCAAAAGCCAGGCGGCCGCCUUCAUCAGCGGCUUUCGCUCAAUCAUCAAGCCCGAGUGGAUCCGUGUCUUUUCUGCCCCUGAGUUGCAAAGGCUGAUAUCUGGUGACAACGCCGAGAUAGACCUUGAAGACUUGAAGAAGCACACUGUGUACUACGGGGGCUUCCAUGGCAGUCACCGAGUCAUCAUUUGGCUUUGGGAUAUCCUAGCCAAUGAUUUUAGCCCUGAUGAAAGAGCCAUGUUUCUUAAGUUUGUUACCAGCUGUUCUCGGCCACCACUGCUGGGCUUUGCCUACCUCAAGCCUCCCUUCUCCAUCCGCUGCGUGGAAGUAUCCGAUGACCAGGACACGGGGGACACCCUGGGCAGCGUCCUGCGGGGCUUCUUCACCAUCCGGAAGAAAGAGCCAGGUGGGCGACUGCCCACCUCCUCAACCUGCUUCAACCUCCUCAAGUUGCCCAACUACAGCAAGAAGAGCGUUCUGCGGGAGAAGCUGCGCUAUGCCAUCAGCAUGAACACAGGCUUUGAGCUCUCCUAGCCUACGCUCUCAAGAGCUGGAUGGGCUCUCAGAGCUAUAUCUUGGUGAAUGGCCACCUAAGCAGGCUGUAGCUCUGGCCUGGGGUCUGGCAUCGCUCUGAUGCCGCUGGCUGCAACUCUGCAAGGAGGACCUCCUUGGAAACGCAGCUGGCCUGCCAUUAAAUGUAGCAUCAAGAGCCAAGCCUGUGCAGUUGUCCUUGGCGGGGGGGGGGGGGCAAUGCCUGAUGGAGGAUUGCACGCAGGGCAGGCAGGGGCACACAAACCACUCAUUGGCCCUGGGGUGUGUGCCCUGUGGAUAAUUUUUAUCUUGCUCUUGGGCAAACAGUUGGACCUUGCUGUGGGCCGGGCCAGGUCAGACUCCAGCAAAAUGCUGUGGAACGAAGGUCGGGAGCUGGCUUUUCCCUCCCUCUUUGGCUUCUGAAAAACAGACUUGAGGCUGCUCAACUCGGGCGCCCUGUGAGAUUGCAGGAGCUUUCUCUUCAUGUUUUUUGUGUUCCUCUCUCUGUGCCCACAGCUUGCCAAACUGCUUUGCAUUGACUCUCAGUCUGAAUACACGUUUGCCUGCAGGGCCCCAAAUGAGUGCUUCCCGCUAUGUGGGGAGCAGGUCACAGGUUUGUGAUGUGGGAUUCCUCCCCCGUAGCAGAUCUUUGCUAGUUGUGGGCCUGCAGCUUGUCAGAUGUCAGAGAGCAGGCUUCACUGACCUAGUGCCCUCCUUUCUGACCAUUGGCUGGAGAUGGUGGAACUGGGAGGAUUGGCCAAGGGCCUCAGUUGGCAGAGCCCGCUGAAACAGUUAGCAGCUGAUCUAAUCUGCAGAGGCCCCUGUGCAGCUGAGAGCAGUUCCCUGCUCUGCCCUCUCAGGGACUUUGCUGUGCUGAAUAGCUUCUCAAUUUCCGUUCAGGAACAGCAACUCCAUUAAACUCUGUAAUUGCAAAGGAGUUUAUGCUGAGGUUGCUCGUAAUUCAUUGCUUGCUCUGUAUUCACAUUCAUUUGUGCACUUGUCCUUCCCCAGCUCCCCUUCCUCAACAUCUCCCAAAAUCCAGACAUGCCCAAAGGGAAGAGAAAAAACGUCCCCACAAGGUGAUAUUUCUCCCCAGGGAUCCACCUCUUGCUGAAUCUGAUUGGACCGUGUGGAAAGCACAGGGCAUCUUUCAGGUCCUGGACUUGCCCUGGUCCUGGUCUCUGCUUUGUCACAAAUGGGUGGAUGUCUUUGGAAUGAAUAAAUGCCAGGAAGCAAGGGAGAAAGGUCACCUUGUGCAGGCUCAAGUAGAUUGGUGCUCAGCUGUACAAAUACCGGUAACAGCUCAGUCUCCCACCCAAGGUAUCCUGGGGAUCUGAAUACGAGUGGGAAGGAAGGGAUUGACCUUGAACUGUAAUCAAAUGCAAAAUAUUUCAAGAAUGUUGGGUUUUACUGGCUUUAUUGUUUUUCUUUUUGCAGAAACCCCAUUUAAUGCUUUCUAACCUUGAUUAUUCCACCACUGCAAAUCUUUAGCCUUGAGGUGUAAAAUAAUUGCUUGUUUUUUUUAAUAAUUCUAGUGAAGGGCUGGUCCCAAAGACACUCUCAAGCAUGAACCUGUCAACUGAAAACCAAAAUCCUCGCCUUUUCUUGAUUUUACUUUGAAUGUUGCAGAAGAAUAUGUGUCUCAUGUUUUAAAUGCUAGACAUUAAGCAUUCUCUUUCUUAAUGGAUUUGGCAAUAUUGCACUACAGAAGUUGCAGGAUACUCUAUGGCAGCCUUUUGGAUGUUUUGGACUACAGUUCCCAACAGCCCAGAGCUGUGCUGGUUGGGGCCCAUGGGAGUUGUAGUGCAAAACACCUAGAGGAUGCCAGUUGGUGAAGGAAUGUUGGGGUGGCAUGGGGCAAGCUCUCCAAUAGAAUCUCUCCAAUAGAGUAGGAAUGGGGGUAGGACACUAUACAGCACCCCCUCCCAGUGGUCUCCUUGACCCUCUGAUGCACUGCUUCCUCGUGUAUACAUUUUCAGAGCUGAUGUGAAAAUUGUGAUUGUGUACUAAAUAUGUUGAAACAGUUUAGCUGUUCUGGCCCACAACAGUUGGGCAUGGUGUGGCUUUCCCAAACAAGGAAAGCUAUGCAAGCGUCAGGGGUCUAACAUCACCCCCACCCCAAAGCAAUGCCUUGCAUGUCUGUGUCAUGAGGUGGGGAGGGGAAGGUUUGCCAUAGGAGAUUAAUAAAAUAUUUUAUCUUG